AUGUCUGGCAGCGGCGGAAAAAAACGAGAAAGUGGCUAUGCCAGAAGAAAAAAAAAUGAAGAGAAGGAGAAGCGAGAGGCUAAGCUCCGGGAAAGCAUGCCUCGUCUGACCACCUACUUCACAACAAAAACUUUGCUAGCGAUGGCGACGGCGUCGGUCCCUCCGGGUGCCGUGGACUCGUCUCCGUCCUCCCCCUCCUCCCCCUCCUCCGAAUCGGACGCUGAGGCGAAUAUCCGACGCGGCCAAAGUAAGUAAUAUGGCCAUGUUCUAAUUAGCAUAUAGCCUAUAUUUGCGGCAUCAUAUAUUUAUAUAUUGAGAUUGACUAGCCUACUUAUUUAUCAGGAAAUGAGGGCCUCGCUCAUGACGGUGUGAUUGACUCAACCGAGGGACCACCCAGCACAUCUGCUUGUGUAGCAGCCGUCACAGAACCACCAGAGAGAGACAAUGGUAGUGACAUUGAUGUUGAGGAGCCAGCAGCAGGUACAGCAGACAAUGGGGCAAUCUACAGCAAAGACCCUGGGUGCUGGCCUGCUGUGGUUGAUGAGGAAGCCAGACAUUAUUGGAUUAAGACUGGGCCAGUGGCAUGCCAAAACAGAGACAGUGACUUUAAGAAAUCUGAAAGAGUGUACAAACACCAGAAACGGCGCUUUUCAAAGAGGUUCUUCAAUAGGAACCUGGUCAAUGGAGAGAUUGUUCCACGUGAGUGGCUGUUAUAUUCUCCUGUAAAGGGGGCAGCUUUUUGCUUUGCAUGUAAGCUAUUUGGCAAGGUCCCAACUGCGUUUUCUGGGAGUGAUGGCUUUAGCAAUUGGAAAAAUGCCAGUAGGACAAUUGAACAGCACGAACAGUCAUAACAUCACAGACAGUGCAUGGUAACAUGGUUGUCAAGAUCAUCUGAAACUGGUGGAAUUGAUUUGAGCUUAAAAGAACAGAUAGAUGCUGAGUGUCACUAUUGGGAGGAGGUCCUAAAAAGAGUUGUUGCCACUGUGAAAUUUCUGUCAGAACGAGGGCUAGCCUUCAGAGGUGACACAGAAACCUUUGGCUGUCCACAUAAUGGAAAUUACAUGGGUUGCCUUGAGCUCAUAGCUUGUUUUGAUCCCUUUUUGAGAGAACACAUUGCCCGCUUUGGAAACAGAGGGAGGGGGAAUCCUUCCUAUUUGUCUAGCACAAUAUGUGAUGAGUUUGUUCAGUUAAUGGGUGAAAAGGUUUUGUCAGAGAUUGUCAAUCUAGUAAAACUGGCUAAAUACUUUUCAAUCAGUGUAGACUCGUCACCAGAUGUGUCUCAUAUUGAUCAGCUGACAUUUAUUAUGCGCUACGUGUCUCCAGAGGGCCAAGUCGAAGAACGGUUCCUAGAAUUCCUUCCAAUAACAAGCCAUGUGGGUGAAUCACUUUUCAAUGCUGUGAUGGGAGUGUUGAAUGAAUUGGGCAUUGACAUCCAAAACUGUUGUGGUCAGUGUUACGACAAUGCAAGUAAUAUGUCUGGCAUAUACAAGGGUGUACAAGCUCGCAUACGCCAAAUAAAUCCCCUUGCAGAGUGGGUCCCCUGCGCAGCGCAUUCUCUAAAUUUGGUGGGAGUCAAUGCUGUUAACUGCUGCAUGGAAUCAAAUGAUUUCUUCAAUCUUGUUCAGAACCUGUUUAAUUUCUGUUCUGCAUCACCAUCAUGAUGGGAAAUCAUCAGCAGUAACCUUGGCCAAAAUGAGAAUAGAAGAAUUGAACACCUGAAAUCUCUGUCAGACACUAGAUGGUCAGCACAUGCAGCGGCAACAAGGGCUUUGACCCUCAAUUAUGCAAACAUCCACCAAUCAUUGGUGCAGUUGUCGGGAGAGGAAACGCAAAAUGUAUCUACCCAAAAUGAAGCAAAGGCUCUGGCAAACAACAUGAAAAAAUUAGAGAAUGCGAUUCUGUGUCAAUUCUGGGAUUGUGUGUUACAAAGGGUUGAUAAAGUAAGUGUCCACUUGCAAGCUGUCGAUCUAGAUCUCAUGAAUGCAGAUACCUUGAUUUCCUCAUUAAGUGACUUUAUUGGGACACUUAGAGAUGACUUUGCACGAUUUGAGACUGCAGCACGCGAUGCGUUUCCUGAUGUGUCUGAGACAUACAAGCAGGACACUCAGAGGAAACGCAUGCGUAAAAAACAUGCUGAUGAAUCAAACGAACCAGAUGUAUCUUUGACAGGCAGGAACAGAUUUAUUGUGGAUGUAUUUAAUGUCAUUAUUGACAGGUUAAUGGCAGAACUAAAAAGCAGAUCCGCGUCCUACAAAGCUGUGAGCAAGCUCUUUUCUUUCUUGAGUACCAUCAAAACAGAUUCUGAACAGAAACUAAGGUCAGCAGCUAUGCGAUUGCAAGAAAAAUAUGCUGGAGAUUUGAAUUUGGAUUUUCCUGAUGAGAUUGUGCAGUUUCAAAGCUUCUGCAGGAAUGAAGACACCAUGUCAUCAAAGCAGUUAAUGCAAUUUAUUCGUAGUAGAAGCUUGCAAAGUGUAUUCCCAAACGUAGACAUAGCACUGCGACUAUAUCUCACAUUGCCCAUCACCAUUGCUUCAGGAGAGCGGUCCUUUAGCAAGCUGGCAUUGGUUAAGAGUCGUUUGCGGUCAACGAUGGUACAAGACAGAUUGUGCAAUCUUACUCGCAUGUCCCUUUCGUCUGACAUUGUCAGAAAAAUGGACUUUACAGAUACAGUGAAGGAUUUCGCAGUACGCAAAGCCAGGAAGAAAGCAUUUUAGUUAUGAGGCCUUGCCCUACUGGGCUACUGUGGUUUUGUUAAAGUGAUAGCGGUGAGAUAGCAGUGAUUUUAUGUUUAAUGCCUUGCACUUUUAUUUAUAAUGCCGCACUGUUUUUGACUUUAUUAUUGUUUUUGUAUUGGUUUCUCUGGCAUAUCUGUAUUUUAUUUAUUGCACUGAUGGCAUUGUAUAACCAUAAUAGGCCUUCAUACCAUGCCUUGCACUUUUAUUUAUAAUGCCGCACUGUUUUUGACUUUAUUAUUGUUUUUGUAUUGGUUUCUCAGUAAAAAAGUGAACUGUACACCAGCCUCUGUGCUUUCCUUGAAGACUUUUUUCACUACCUCUUGUUAAAUUGAGUUCAGACACACAGUUGUAUUAACCCAGUGGUUUGGCUAGAGGUGGUGGCUAGUGGAACUGUUAAAUAACCACCCAUAACUGCAGUAAUUUCCACAAAAUGACCAAUAAAAACUGCCAAUUUUUGACGCGCGCGGGACAGAGGGGGGCCAUUAGGUUUGCUUAGCCUCAGGGGCCACAGAAGGUUUAAUCCGGGCCUGCACAUGUCCACUUCCACUACAAAGCUAUCCACAUGACCACCUUUGGGCAGUAGACAGCAACAAUAUGUGAACUGAUAGGAGCAAUGAUUUUGAGAGCAUGGUAUUCAGAAGUGAAAAGAUGUUGCUCAUUGGAGAGAGCUUACUGAAAUACCAGUUUUUGGAAAUCAGGACUCCUGUGCCACCUCUUCUAAUAGGGUGAGGAGUGUGUCAGAACACCAUGUCAACAGUGAGGGCUGCCAGGGUAGUAGUGUGUUGAGGGUGCUCCCAGAGUUCAGUUAGGACUAUGACCUGAAUGUCAUGUAGCUUUGUGAGAGCAAAAACAAGAAAAGCCUGACCGUUUCCAAGGUUCUCAAUCAAGUAUGCUGCAUCUGGUCAUCCACAACAAAAUCCAAAUGUUCAGGUCCAAGGGUAAGUAAAGAUUGCCCAGAUUCAGUUUCCUGUGGGUUAAUUUUCCUUUUUUCCCUGUGCAGGAUGUUGAGCAGGGCAUUGAACAACCACCUGCUCAGCCUGAAGCUGGGACUCGUGUCCUGCUCCGGAUCCAAGUAGAUCCACAGGACCAGGACUCGAGUGUUCAGGCGAGCAUAGCAUAUGAUCUGGAACAAACAAUAAACACAAAGUAA